AUGACGACAAAGGUGGAUCUCAAGAGGCAGAAGGUGGCUGUGGGAAUAUCCAAAGCAUCCAGAAGCGCUCUUUUGAAAGAGUCCCUCAAAAGAAAGGUGCAAACAAGUGACGAUGAACUCGAGACCGAUAGCGAAAUUGAGGGGGAAAGUGAGAAUGAUCACAACGAACAAAGUGUAGGAAGCGACGAUGAAAGUAAUUCCACCAGUGAAAGCGAUUCCCUUAGGAGCGACCAAGAAAUAGGUGAGGAUAGUGACGAUGAACCGCAAACGGACUACUCUAUUCAAUCGGAUAAUGACGACUCAGAUGAUGAGGAGCUCCCAACACUUCCAGGCAAAAAGAAGAACAAAAGCGAUGGUUCUGAGUCAUUUUCCAAGGCCAUUAAUGCUCUUCUAGAUUCUAAAUUGAAGGCCCACAACCGUAAAGAUCCAAUUUUGGCUAGAUCCAAGUCACAGCUAAAAAAACUAGAAAGCGAGAAACUAGAGCUCAAAGCCAAAAGGCAACUUCUCGCAGAGAGAAAAGCCAAGCUCACUUCCAACAGAGUGAAAAACUUGCUUCCUACUGAUGACUCGCUCGCCAGACAGACACUAGAGAGGGAGAAGCGUUAUCGAAAAGUUGCUCAGAGGGGUGUAAUUAAACUUUUCAAUGCCAUUCUGGCGACCCAAACGGAGACCAGCAAAGAGAUUGAUUCCAUCAAAGGAGUCGGACAAACAAAGAAGAAGGAACUCGUCAAUGAGAUGUCGAAAGAAAAAUUCUUGGAUUUGGUCCAAGAAGCAGGUAAAAGUUAA